UACCCGUCUCGGCUGCGCUCGGGGGUGCGAAGUGGGGUCCGGCGGCUCCGUGAUCGGCGACGCUCGGCUCUCUUCGGCCCGGUUCGGUUGGGUUCGGCUCCGUUCGCGCCGCUUCGGCUCGGCCAUGGCGAGGCGGGCGGCGGGCGGCCGCGGUCCCCACGGGGACGAUUUCUCCUUCGUCAGCCCGGCGGUGAAGUACGUCCUCUUCUUCUUCAACAUGCUCUUCUGGAUGAUCUCAAUGGUGAUGGUGGCAGUGGGGGUCUAUGCCCGGCUACUGAAGCACGCAGAGGCGGCGCUGGCCUGCCUGGCGGUGGACCCUGCCAUCCUGCUGGUUGUGGUCGGCGUCCUCACCUUCCUCAUCACCUUCUGCGGCUGCGUGGGCUCCUUGCGGGAGAACAUCUGCCUGCUCCAGACGUUCUCCAUCUGCCUGACCAUCGUCUUCCUCCUGCAGCUGGCCGCCGGCGUGCUGGGCUUUGUCUUCUCCGAUAAGGCACGCGGGAAGGUCAGCGAGAUCAUCAACGGUGCCAUCGUGCAUUACCGGGAUGACCUGGACCUGCAGAACCUCAUCGACUUUGGGCAGAAGGAGUUCAGCUGCUGCGGUGGCGUCUCCUACAAGGACUGGUCCCAGAACAUGUACUUCAACUGCACCGCCGCCAACCCCAGCCGGGAGCGGUGCUCCGUCCCCUUCUCCUGCUGCCUGCAGGACGCCCAGGAGGCUGUCAUCAACACCAUGUGCGGGCAGGGCAUGCAGGCCAUGGGCUACCUGGAGGCCAGCGCCUUCAUCUACACCAACGGCUGCAUCGACACCCUGGUCAACUGGAUCCACAGCAACCUCUUCCUGCUGGGGGGCAUCGCCCUGGGGCUGGCCGUCCCCCAGCUGGUGGGCAUCCUGCUGGCUCAGAUCCUCAUCAACCAGAUCAGAGACCAGAUCAAGCUCCAGCUCUACAACCAGCAGCACCGGGCAGACCCCUGGUACUGAGUCCCGGCGCAUCGUGGCAGUGCCAGUGUCCAUCCCUGCGUCUGUCCCCGCAGCGUGGCAGUGGCUCAGGGAGCUGGGACCUCAACAGUGACUUUCCAAACCCUGGAUCUGUAGGAAGAGCCGAAGGGGCUUUGCUGCAAAAGAGGGAGGUUGGAGUGGACUGUGGACACCCACAUCCGUGUGCGGUGGAUGCUCUGCUGCGGAGAGCGACGCUGGGGACUCUGUGCCUUCGGCAGCCGGCGCGAGAACAGGGGUGUGCCGUGCUGCUGCGCCCUUUUUUGGGGACCGAACCAGCCCCGGUGAACUGCUGUCUGUCUGUCUGUCCGUCCGUCCGUCCGUCCUGGGGGACCGAGAGCUGGUUUGCACUUGGACGUCCUUCCCAUGUCUUCUUGUGCUGGAGAUCUGUCUGUCCGUCCGUGCACCGAGCUGCCUUCGCCCGGGGCAAGGCUGGCCCCAGGACUGGGGAUGUUUCCCCCAAUCGCUGGGUGUCACCAACCCCGUUGGCUCCGUUGGGGACAUCCGAUGGCUUCACUCACCGGCCGGGAGCAGGAACCAUCACCCGUGUGGCCGCCCUGGAAGAAGACGGGCCAAGAGGAUGUCCUGCCCAGGGCUGACCCAUGGGAGUUUUGUUAGCUGAGAGGGGGGGUCCUGUCUCUGCCCCGGGGGGGGGGGUCGCACCCCUCUGUGCGGAGGAGGGGACAGGCGCCGUCCUGCGUCCCCUCUUGAGGUGUCGGUGUGGUGCCAUGACGUUUCCCUUUGCUUUCAUGGAGAAUA